AUGAAAAGAGUAACUUGCUUUCAACUAUCAAAUUCGUCAUUCUUAAAAGACGAUCAAAGAGAUAAACUUGAAGUUAUAUUAUCAACAAAAUGUUUAGAUGAAAUUCAACAAUCAUUUCAUCAACAACCACAACAACCAUCUGUUGUACCUACAACAGUUACAUCUACAACUACCACAGUAUCAUCAUCUACUUCUACUUCAACUUCAACUUCUGCAACUACGGAAUUUGAUCAUUUAUGUAAUACAUGUUCAAUUAGAUUUAAUGAUAAAGAUCUACGUAAUAAUCAUUAUCGAUCACAAUUACAUCGAUAUAAUCUAAAGUUAAAGAUGGCACAUUUACCAAUACUCGGUGAAAAGGAAUUUGAACAAAUGACAAACAACAAGGAAGAGGAAGAAGACAGUGACAGCGACAGUAGUGGUGGAAGUGACAGUGAAUCGGAAAAGAUAUUGACCAAUGCACAAUCAUCCCUGAUGGAUGAUAAUGACGAGUACCAAGGAUACCAAUUCUACGAGACCUCUAUUGAAAUGAACGAUCCAAAACUAAAGAUUGUAAGCAAAGAGUUAAAGUUGCAAGUUAAUGUUUGGCGUUGUAUUUUAGGAUCGACUCAAGAUUUUAGAGCCAUGUCGUCGGCAGAGAAACCGCAGCUAGUGAAUACAUUCAACAGAGUGUGUCGUGCUGGCACUGCUGCCACUACACCAUUGACAUGGGCAGUGUUGUUGUGUUCGGGUGGUCGAUUCGCAGGUGCACUCUACAAAGCACCCAAUCUCAGCAAAUCAUUUGAACACAAGACAUUCCACCGAUACACUACGAGAAAGAAACAAGGUGGGUCUCAAUCAACCAAAGAUUCACAAGGUGGUAACAAAAAGUCGGCUGGUGCCGCCAUGCGUCGAUACAAUGAAAAGAGACUGCGUGAAGAGGUUGCAGAGGUGUUGGAGUCUUGGAAAUCACAUCUCCAACAAUGCAAUUACAUCUUUGUGUUUGCACCCAAGGGAAACACUAGAGACAUUCUCUUUUAUCCGGGUGGACCUAUUGCACCAGAGGAUCAACGUAUACGAAACAUUCCAUUCCCUAUUAUCAGACCAACUUACUCUGAAACACAACGUGUAACCUCCACUCUAUUCUCUGUUGAUAUAGAUCUACUUGAAGAUUUCUCUAUCCUGGAAAAGGAAAAGGAAGCAGAACUAGAAGCAGAGUUGGAAAAAGAAAGAGAAAAGGAACAAAGAAUAGCAACUGCCAAUCAAAUCAAACAACAAUUAAAAGACACCCAAGCCAAACAAAUUAGUGUCUAUGAAACAGACAUAUUAUUCAAAGCAACAAAAGCAAAGGAUUUAAAUGAAGUUAAAAGAUUAUUAGAAGAUGAUUUAGAUUAUGAAUUACCAAUUCCAAGUGAAAAUGAUUCAAUUAUAACUCCAUUAUCAAUUGCAAUUGAUAACAAAGAUAAUGAAAUGAUUAAAUAUUUAAUACAAAUAUUACCAAGUGAUAUUAAUGUAAAUAUACCAAAAUGGAAUUUUAAAAGUUGUUUGAUGAAAGCUGCAUCGGAUGGACAUGUUGACUUGGUGUUGAUGUUGUUGGAUGGUGGAGCCGAUCCUACUAUUAAAUCGCCAAUUACCAACGAGACAGUAUACGACAGUGCAAAGGGACACCAAAAAGUAAGAGAUGCUCUGAGAGAAUGGGCUGGUGACAAUAUUGGCAAAUUUGAUUACACACUGGCAAACAUUCCACCUCUUACCAAACAAAUGAUUGCAGAUCGUGAAGAAAAGAAAAAACAAAAAAAGCAACAACAAAAGGAAAAGGAAAAGGCUAAAAAGUUGGCUGAAAAGGAGAACAAGGCCAAAGAAGAGGAACAAAAAAAGAAAAAAGAACAAGAUCGUUUGAAAAAGGUGGAAGAAGCAAAACUGGUACAACAAGUACAACAAACUAGAAUUGCAAAGAAUGAUAUGUUGACAGAACGUGAACGUCGUGCAUUGGCAGCUGAAACAAGAUUAGUUGGUGGUAUUAAAUGUACUCAGUGUGGUAUCCCCAUCGCUGGUAUGCCAUUUGAACGUUUAAAUCAUUUCUAUUGUUCAACAAGAUGUGUAGUUCAACAUAAAAAUAGUACAAAUGUUAAUGAUUUAUUAUUGAACAAAAAAUAA